UCUCAAUAAAUAAACCCAUUGUCUCUCAAAAAUCGCUGUAAGAAAAACAAAAUGUUCUUCUUCUUCGUCGGGGGUUUAGAGCAACAAGUUCGCCAGCUCCUCAAAUCCAGCGCCGGCCGGUGCAUAAACUGCAACUCGCCGGCCGAUCUCGUUAACUACGAGAAAGUUCUGAAGCUCUUCUUUGUUCCGGUGUGGCGGUGGCCGGGAAAAGAGCCACUGAUGCACUGCAACAACUGUAACCUCUUUUUUCCUCCGUCGUUCUCUCCGCCGCCAAUUUCCGAUCAAUCGACGCCACCAGCCGCUCCUUCAAGGACCCUUCGUUGCCGUUCAUGUAACAAAGUAGUGGAGCCCAAUUUCAGUUUCUGCCCUUUCUGUGGUUCUUCCUUGUAAAUUUCAGCUGCUUCUUGUUUACUUCUGCUUCAAAUAAUUUGAAAUAUAUAUAGCCUAGUCUGUUAGUAAUCAAAAUGGUGUCUGAUUCUGUAAUUUGUUCUUGAAAACUGCUACUUCUGAAUGAGAAAUUGCUGGAAUCAAUAUGAAGAUCGAA